GGUUCCCAACACCAUAAAUGAUUGAUUUUAGUUGAGUUCCGGUUUUCGUUCUAUUGUUUUGUCAUCUUCUUGCAGCACACGCCUCCUUCUUCUCUUUUGCUAUUUGACUUUGACCCAUUACCCCUGUUUUUCUCAGACUUGCCAAUUCAUUUUCUUCAUUUGCAUUCAAAGCUUCAUUCCAAUUUCAGUUACAGCUUUACAACUUCUCUCUGUUGUUAACGUUACAUGAUUCUGAUCCUUUAUUAGUAUGAUAGUAUGGCUUUUCCUGGUUUUAUGGAAGAUUGGAUGAAGGCUUCUUAUGUGGUCUUUGCGUUCUGCUGUGCUUUAUUCCUCGGAGCCAUAAAAGGCUUAGUUGUGGGUCCUGUUGCUGCUUUGUUACUGAUUAUAGGGAACGUUGGGGUGAUUCUGGGGCUGUUUCCUGCACAUGUAGCUUGGACUGUUUAUACCCAUUUGAAGAUUCAAAUAUUUGAUGCACCCUUGAAAGUUGCUAUUUUGAUUGCUUUGCCUGCUUUGUUUGGUUUAUGGUUGGGUCUAGGCAUAGCUGGAAGCGUUCUUGUUGGUGUGGGCUAUGGCUUUUUUACCCCAUGGGUUUCAACUUUUGAGGCCUUCAGAUAUGAUAAUGAAUCCAAGAAAUUUUCUCACUGUGUCGUGGAUGGAACCUUGGGAACUAUCAAGGGAAGUUGCACCGUAGUAAGGGAUUUUCUAGAUAUGUGCUACCAUUCAUACCCAAGUUACUUGAAGGAACUGCGUGAAUCACAUGGUUCAGAUGAGCCUCAGAGGCUAAGGUUAAUUCAUGUUCCUGCAUGUAUCACAGUUGGGAUAAUGGGGCUAAUUAUCGAGAUUCCACUUUUCACUGCAAUUGCUAUAGUAAAGAGCCCCUACCUGUUGUUCAAGGGUUGGUUCAGACUUUUGCAUGAUUUAAUCAGCAGAGAAGGUCCAUUCCUUGAAACAGCUUGUGUUCCCAUUGCUGGUUUGACAAUAUUCGUGUGGCCACUUGUUGUCAUUGCCAGCAUUUUAUUGGCUAUUUUCUCAAGCAUAUUUGUUGGACUUUAUGCAUCAGUUAUAGUGUAUCAGGAAAAAUCUUUUCGUAGAGGUUUAGCCUUCUUGAUUGCAAUGGUUGCUGAGUUUGAUGAAUAUACAAAUGACUGGCUCUAUCUUAGAGAGGGGACAUUCUUUCCAAAGCCCCAGUAUCGAAAGAAAAUGAAUUCUCAAUCAUCGGAGUUUUCUACUAGAGGAAAUAGUGUGGCUGGAAGCAAAUUAAGUACUCCUAUGGAGCCACCUGCAAUGUUUAUGCCUAACUUAGCUCCUUCAAGAUCAGUAAGAGAGACCAUUCAAGAAGUGAAAAUGGUGCAGAUCUGGGGAAAUAUGAUGAGGUAUUGUGAGAUGAGAGGCAAGGAAUUAUUGGAUGCUGAUGUACUAACAGCUGCUGAUGUUUGUGAGUGGGUGAGGGGAAAGAAUAAUAAUGAAGCUUCCGUAAUUGGUGUUGGUUUACCUUGUUAUUCACUUCUACAAACACUUCUCUUCUCCAUCAAAGCCAACUCAAGUGGUGUAUUGCUACUUGAUGAUUUUGAGAUAACCUAUUUUAACAGACCAAAGGAUAAGUUGUUGGAUUGGUUCUUCAGUCCUGUAAUGGUUCUGAAGGAACAGAUAAGGGUCAUUAAAUUGGUGGAAGGUGAAGUGAGAUACUUGGAAAAAGUAAUUCUCUUUGGAAGCAAUAAGCAACGGUUUGAGGCUUGGGAUAAUGGUGGUUUACUAAUUCCUGAUGCCCUUAGAGCUGCUCAAAUCGAGGGAAUUUCCAGAAGGAUGAUUGGAAUGAUAAGAAGUGUGUCAAAGCUUCCAACUUACAGAAGGAAGUUUCGCCAGGUUGUUAAAGCUUUAGUUACUCAUUCUCUGGAGAAAGAUGUUUCAGCAGGAAAGGCAUUAAUUACUCAGUGUAUGGCUAAAGAUGUUUCUGAAAAGGCUUUAGUUUCUCAUUAUGUGGAGAAAGAUGUUUCUGGAAGAUCCACUGGGUCUAUAAUAUCAUUUGCCUCAGAUGACAUUGUUUAAGAUAAACUAAACUAGUUUUUUUCUUUAUUGUUGUCAAUAAAUCAUUGUAAAUUCCUUUAGAUUGUUAUUGAUUUCUGUAAAAGAGCACAUUGAAGUUCAUUAUAGUCUGAUU